AUGGUUUUUGAAUCACUAGUUGCUGAUUUACUCAAUCGAUUUCUAGGAGACUUUGUUGAUAAUCUUGAUGGAAAGCAACUCAAUAUAGGAAUCUGGGGAGGUGAUGUGAAACUAGAAAACUUGGAAAUCAAAGAAAGUGCACUAGAUGACUUUGACCUCCCUAUCAAAUUAAAGUUUGGAUAUCUACAGUCUUUAGUGUUGAAAAUUCCUUGGAAAAAUUUGUACACUGAGCCAGUAAUAGCUACUGUCGAUGGUUUGGACAUUAUUGCUGUUCCAAACAAGGGAGUUGUAUACAAUGAGGAAAAAAUCAAGAAGAAUUUAGCUGAUAUCAAGCAAAAAACAUUAGCUAGAUUGGAAGAAGCUCGUAAGAACAGAAGGAAACCUACCGAUCCCCAAGCGGAUACUUUUGCUGAAAAGAUGGUCACUCAAAUCAUCAAGAAUUUACAGAUUUCCGUCAGCAACAUUCAUAUUCGGUAUGAAGACAAGUACACAAACAGACAUAGACCCUUCUCCGUAGGUAUUACGUUGGAGAGUUUGAACUUUAAGACUACCGAUGAAAACUGGGUUUCUACUAUCCACAAAGAAGCUGUGAAAGUUAUCCACAAAUUGGUUUCUUUACAAAAUCUGUCAGUGUACUUGAACUCUGACGAUGUAAUGUUUUCUGAUAAAACCGAUAAGCAUGCUAUUCGUCAUCUACUGCAUUCUUCUAUUCAUCGUGGGGAAAAGAAACCUGAUGGUUUCAAAUAUAUUCUCGAACCUAUCACUAUUGAAGCUAAGCUAAAGUUGAAUCAGAAGCCUGAGACAGAUGGAACAAACUGGAGUACUCCUAAGAUUGAUAUUUCGGUUGAUAUGCAAAAACUUGCUUUAGCCAUAGGAAAACUACAAUAUCAAGAUAUCUUGUUGUUUUUGGAAGCUCAAGAACGAUUCAAUUUGGCUGGACAAUAUCUUAAAUACCGUCCCAAUCUGAACGAAUACAGAGGACAUUACGUGGAAUGGUGGAAGUUCGCUUAUAACUCUAUAUUGGAAGAGAAAGUAAGAAGAAGAAGAAGCAAUUGGUCAUGGAAACGUAUGAAAGAUCAUAGGAAUUUAGUCCGUGAUUACAGAGCGGCUUGGUUAGCACAUCAGACUGAGAAAAAUAUUUCGAGUGAUCAGAAGGACACUAUAUCGAAAGCAGAAAGCGUUCUGGAUGUUUUCAAUGUAAACAUAGCUCGCCAACAAGCGGAAUUGGAGAUUGAUAGACUUGGUUUGAGAAGGUUAGAAGACCAACCUCAAGGAUGGGUUGCUUGGGGCAAGAGUUGGUUCGGAGGAAACAAUGGAGAAAACUCAGGCUCUUCUCACAAGCAAAAAGACAUUGUUUCGAAGUUCCAAGAAGCCAUGACAGAAGAAGAGAAAUCAAAACUGUUUGAAGCUAUUGAUUACCAAGAAAACAUUCCGCCGACCAACUAUCCCAAAGAAUUCGUUGAGAACAAGUUCGAUUUCAACCUCGGACAGGUAGCAAUAGCAGUUGAAGGAGCUGUUGCUCUUCAAUUAUUGCACAUCAAAGCUGCUGUACAACAAAGACCCAGUGCCAAAGCCAUGAAUGUGUUAUCCACCAUACAAGAACUCAGAAUGGAUGGAUGUGGCGCUGAAAUGCUGCGCGUUCGUGAUUCAUCUAGAGCUUGGCUUUUCCUGGAGUUCGACACAUAUCCUCUUUCCGGAGAAUAUGAUCAAAGAGUCGAAUUAUCCAUCGCACCUAUUGAUUUGAAGUAUCAUGCUCCUUCUGUUAACAAUGCCAUCGAGGUUUUCAAACCUCCAGAUUCUGUUAAGUUGAAUCAAUUGACGGCUCUGGCAAUGUCUAGAUAUGAAGAGGUUAAAGCGAGAUCUGUAACAGGACUUGCUCAUGCCGUUGAAAAUCGUUCUAAAUUAGUGCUGGACAUUAAUAUCGAGCCAGCAACUCUUUUAAUUUCGGAGGGUGGAAUAUAUGAUGCUCGUAAGCCUACCAUCGUUGCAGAUCUUGGAUUGUUAACCAUAAAAACCAUGGAUAGUUUUGAUGAAAAUAUGUCGUUCACCAACAAGUUGGACUCAUUGAGAGAACAAGCUUAUGAUAAGUUCCAUGUCAAGUUGAGCAAUGUAGUGGUUUCUCUUGGAGAUAACUAUGAAUCAGCAAAAGCUUCCGUGCAUCAAGCUGAAAGUCCUUUACAUAUUCUAAAACCCACCGGUUUAGAUAUUCAAAUACAUAAAAGUUCUAUUGAUGAUCUGAGAUUGGCAAAACUUCGAGUAUUGGGAGAUCUGCCUGAUAUCGUUAUUGGAAUCUCUGAUGUCAGGCUCAUCAUGCUUUUAAAGUUGCUAAACUCCAUACCUAAACCUGAAGCAGAUCCUGAAGUAGACAUAAUCAAAGACUCUGCUCCUGUGCUGGAAAAAGCAAAGUUAAAAGACCGUGCGAAAAUGAAAACAAUAAUGGAGGUUGAAGAAGUUGAGUCUCUCCAUUCCGCACCCCAAGAAUCAGCGGCCGACAAAACCAUAACUAGCGAACAACAAGUACAAGUUGAAUUAGAUUUACAUCUGCGUCAGAUAGGACUUGUGUUGUUCAAAGGUGACAAUGUGCUCUGUGAUGUUUCAAUCUCUAGAAUGUCUUGUAAGCUUCAAAUGAGAACUUUCGAUAUGGUUGUUCUUGCUGAGCUCGGCGCUGUUGAAAUCGAGUCUCCUAUGUUCAAUUCGCUAGAUACUAAGAGGGAGCACCUGUUUUUGGUUGAUAAUAAGUCAGACUCGACUCUCAUGCAAUUGAAAUUUGUCCAAGCAAAUCCAGAAUCACCUUUCUUCGCGACUGAAUAUAACAGCACGGAGCAAUCCAUAGAGUUCAAAUUCAGUGAAUUGAAUGUCUCUCUACAUCAAGAAGCAUUGCUGGAGUUGAAGGAGUUCGGGGAGAAUAUCCAAACUCAAAUGGCAGAGUUGUCUCCUAAUAAAGACAUCAAAGAGAAUAAUAAAGAAGACGGAGUUGUUUCUAAAGUUGGACGUGCAGUUAGCUCAAGCUUGGUAUCUCUAUCUUCAAGCGUUAAAGAAGCUCAAACCGAUGCAGCUGCCUUAAGAAGAAAGGAACGAAAGGAAAGAGCCAUGGAGAAAGAGGAAUCAACCAACACCAAGUUGAGUUUGAAUGCCAAGGUUGGAAGUUUGGGUUUACUCUUGGGUUCAAAACGGAAUGGUUUGGAAACCAAACUGUCGAUACACAAUGUUCAUUCUGAUGUGAAGAUGACGUUGAAAGUUACAGAAGUUGUUGCCACUUUAGAAGCAAUAACUAUGGAAGAUUGUACCAAAGGAGCCUUGUAUAAAAAACUUCUUUCUGUUACUGGUGACCGAGAAAUGCUCCGGUUUGAGAUGGUACAGUAUCAGAGAACUGACAAGGAGAAAAAAAGUAUGGGUCCUAACGAUAUCGAUAUGAAAAUGAAGGUCCGAUUAGCGCAGUUAAAGUUCGUUUUCCUCAAUUUGUGGUUAUGUCGUCUAAUGAGCUGGCUUUCUCCUUUCCAAGAAGAAGCAGUCAAGGCAGCCGCCGCCGCACAGCAGAUUGCUUCGGAGAAAGCAGCAGAAGCUGCGCAAAAUGUGAAACAGAUGUUAGAACAAUCACCCCCUCGUAUUCAAAUGGAUGUUAAGCUUCAUGCUCCUGUUCUAGUACUUCCGCGACUAUCGAGCAGUACUGACGUAGUUGUUGCGAUUUUGGGAGAACUGACUGUCAAUAAUAAUAUUGGUGCUAGUGCUGACAAUAAGAAAGCUAUUAUGGAUAACAUGAUAGUGAAACUCACAAAUAUGGAGUUCAGUAUCGGAAGUAUGAACGAGAGUGCUACUGUGAUUCAAUCAACUUGUGAGAUAUUGAAACCUUUGACUUUCAACGUUACAAUCGCUCGCAAUCUCAUGUUUGCCGUAUCUAAAAACGUGCCUGAGAUCAAUGUUCGUGCUGAGAUUCCAGCUAUAGAAGUUGAUAUGUCAGAAGAAGAUUAUGCAACUCUUAUGCAUACUCUUAAUGGAAAUCUUAACGAAGGUAAAAAGGAAGCUGUUCUGACAAACGUCUCAGCUGCUCCGAGUGCUGCUCUUUCUAAAGAGAAAGAACCUGAAAAGAAGAAGAGCGUUUUCUCUAAGGAUAUUAACGAUAUUGCAAAUUUGAACGAUUUAGUCGAAAAAACCGAUUUCUCCAAAAUUGUUUUCGCGUUUGAUCUUAACCGUAUUGAUGCUGUUCUUUACACAGGAGGAGGAACACAUGGUGAGAAGAGGAAUACCGCUAAUGCGUUUGCCGCCGUCCGUUUACACGGAUUGAAGCUCAAUGGAAACAUACGAGAAGAUGAUGCGAUGGAAGUUCAUAUAAGCAUGAAUGCUUUCACACUGGGUGACGAGCGUAAAGAUAAAACAAAAAUACACAAAUUGAUGGAUAAAAAAAUCGGUCACGAAAAAGAUCAACUUCUCUCGAUGGAUUUCAAACAGUCUGCUGACCAAAACAAACUGAUUGACUUGAAAAUGUCGGCCUUCUUCUUAUGUUUGUGUCCCGAAUUUCUUGGAGCGAUUUCACGAUUCUUCUCAGUACCUCCAUCUGAGGAAGAAAUCGAAAGAGAUGAAAUGAAACUCAAGGCUUCAUCUGGUCCGAGCGGAUCGAAUACCGAAAAGACCCGAGAAGGAGACGCUGCCGCUGCUCCCAGUGGUACAAUUACUUUAAAUUGUGACAUGAAGGGAGUUGAAGUUAUAUUGGUUGAAAACUCUAUGGAGCCGGAAACCACCCAAGCGCUGAUCCUAUCAUUCAAUUUCAAAAUGGACGCUGAACCUAAAGGAGAAAUUCAAGAAAUGAAAGGAGGAGUUGAGAAGCUAGCAAUCUUCAGUUCUUACUAUGCCAUCCACAGAAGAUCAGAAAUUACUUAUGAGGUUUUAAAACCGAUAGAUAUUGGAAUCAAAGCUGUCUUGAACACCAGUACAAAAGGAUGUGAUGCCGAAUUGAGAAUGUCAGCAAUGGAAAUGAGGAUGUCUCCUUCUAUCAUCCGAAUGCUUUCUUCUGUGAAUGAAGAAUUUGCUAAGAGUAGUGCAGUUGCUGCUGUUGCAAGUAUAAGCGUUCCAAAGUUGAAAUCUUAUCCAAAUUAUUGGGGUACAAAUCGCAUCAUCCGCAAGAAUUUCUGGUUCUUCGAUAUUCCUGUAGCGGAAGAAGCAACGGAAGAGAUACUGGAAAGUGAACUUGAGCCGAACACGGACGAGAUCCUGGGACCUAUUGAGAAAGCAAAAGUUAUUUUUGAACGAAUCUCUUUCACUUUGGAGGCAGGAACGGGAACGAUCCCAGUUCCUUUAGUGUUCUUCGACUUAUUGAUCAAUGCUGAAGCGUGCAAUUGGUCUUCUGCGCUCAGAGCUUCAGCUGAUGUUUCUAUGCAGAUGUCUUAUUACAACGAAUCCUUCAGCGUCUGGGAGCCUGUAAUAGAACCUGUUGAAACAAGCUUGGGAGUGUUUGAUCGUUGGAGUGUGAAAACUGAAGUCAAAGGAAAAAAUAAAAUGGACCCAUUAGACACCUCUCCUGCCAUGGACAUUAAAAUCGAUGCUAAGGAAAUUUUGAAUGUCACUGUCACCAAAUCAUUCUUAUCCCUUCUCAAUAAGUUGACUGAGGAGUUUGCUCAAGCAGCAAAACAAUUGACGCCCCCCACUACACGGAUUCUUCCAGGAGAUUCCAAAGUUUUGCUAUUGAACCAAACUGGCCUGAAUGUAAAACUCAUAAAUACCAAUGAUUUAAAAAUCAGAGGUGCCGAGACCGAUCUUGUGGAGGCUAGCCACGGAGAGUUCGUGUUAUUGGAUGUUUUAAGUGGUACUGUUCCACAUCUGAACGAGAGCAGUUACCAUAAAAUGAUGGGCCUUGAAGAUCGAGAUGUUAGCCUUCAGUUGGAAGUAGAAGAUACUGUUCGUGAACUAAAAAUUGGUAGAGCUGAUAUAGUAGCAGUUCCACUUAACAAAUAUAGCGAAGCUCGUCAAAAAUGGACGAUUAUUUCGGAAACUACUUAUGAAACGGGACGUCGUCUAGUGACUCUGAAUUCUCAUGUGAAAGUUAUAAAUCAUCUUGCGGUUAACAUGGAAAUCUAUUCAACAAAAGAUGAUAACAUUUAUGAUUUAUUCGGGGAAGUUCCUCCUGGAACCUCUUAUCAUCUGCCAGUGCCUCUUUUGUACACACCAACUGGUCAAAUCUAUUUCAAACCUUCGGGCGAUAGUUCGGAAAUGUCCUUCGAAGGAGUGUCAUGGCAUGACUUCGCCGGUAUCACGAGCAUCCGAAAAUCAUUUAGGUGCAACUUGUCGGCUGACACGAGUCAAGGGUUCUAUUUCGAGUCAGUAAUAACUGCUGAGAAGGUUCAAGCAGGACCUGAUCUAUUCUUUGAAACGUAUACCAUCACUCUUUAUCCUCCACUGGAGUUCCAUAACUCUUUGCCCCAACCUAUUUCGAUCACUUCUCCUGUUCAAGAGAACUUACAACCAGGAGAUAGCUUGCAACUUAAUGUUAUUGCUGGUCAUCGUUUGAAGCUUUCGAUGAACUACCUGGAUGAAGUUUACUCUUUGGACUAUAAAAUACCAGAAGAAAAAACUGCUCUUGAAGUGGUCACUCUCAGAGCUGAGAAAGAUUCAGCCGAACUGCUUCUUGGUAUCAAUUGGUCACAUGAGCACGGGGAUUUGAAAGCUUAUUUAUAUGCUCCCUUCUGGCUGGUCAACAACACUUCUCUUUCUUUGGUUCAUAAGGAGAGUGGGCGAGGUUUUCUUCCCAGUGCCAGUGGAUGCGUUCCUUGUCGAAAGACUGUUCCUGACGAUGAGGCGGAUUCAUCUGUGACACACAAUCCAGAUGUCAACCCGUUGAUACUACCCUUCCCAUCUACUGAUCUGACCAAGAAGAAAAAGGCUUGUGUGAAAAUAUGUGGUCAAAGUAAAUGGUCGGACGAAUUUCCCCUUGACACCGUUGGUAACGCUAUGCACAUCAUAUGCAAAGGAGAUGAAAAAGAUUACGAACUUACCAUCGAUAUCAAACUGGCUCAGUCUGGUCUCACAAAAAUUGUAACUUUCGCACCAUUCUACCUUGUGUCUAAUUUGGGAAAAUUCCCAAUGGAAGUUCGAGAAGAGAAUCAAGACAAUUGGACAUCCAUCCCAGCCCAGAAAUGUGUAGGAAUAUGGCCAGUUGUCAGAUCUAUGAAGAAAUUAUUCGCUGCUCGCUUCGAAAGUCAGACAGAAGAGUCUUUAUUAUUCCCUAUUACUGAGAACAUCGAAACUCUUUGCGAAAUUAAUAAUGACAAUGUGGGAGUGAAUGUAUCUGUAGCUACUAGUGAAUCUUCCGUAGCCAUACAUUUGUCUCCUUUCACAAAUGGCAUGGCUCCUGUCUGCAUAAUGAACAAUCUGGAUACACCUUUGAAGUUUGGCCAGAAGAAUCACAAGAAAAGAAGUCUGGAGAAGAAUGAAAUGACUUACUUCACGUGGUCGAGUAUUAUUGAUACAAGACUUAUUGAAUUCGAGUGUGGUGUCGAUUGGAAAGGAGAAGAUGCUUUGGAAACCAACAAGUUCAUGCAAGUACAAUUAGAUUCGCAGAUUCGAAGAUUUGUGUACAUGACCAGUUUCCUCAUUGGAAGACAGCGAACUAUUUUGUUCACCACUGACCUAGAUAAAGCUAAGAACUCGGUCGGCUCUUGGGAAACUGAUACUCUUGACUUGACCGCUGAAAUCACGCUUCAUGGAAUCGGACUCAGCUUAGUUGACAACGUAGUCGGUAGAGAAAUUUUGUAUAUGGGAAUUUCGUCGUCCGACAUUCUCUGGGAAGAAGAAAACAAAAAAGGAAAAUACAAACCCCUGGCAGUGAAAUACAUGGAGAAGUUAGAAGAGAUGUAUCAAGCCAAUUUGCAGAACCCUGUGUCACAGUUCCAGCCUUGCGAGGAAUAUUCAGCCAACAUGAAAACAAUGAUUAUGAAGAAAAAGAAUGGAAAAGAGGUUAAAAUUCGAAGAGGCUUCGAGAAGGGAAUAUGGAUGAAUUACGGCAAGAGCUCGCAGAGAACAAGGCUUCAUUUCAAGAUGAACCACCUUCAAAUAGACAAUCAGAUGGACGGAUGUAUAUUCUCUCGGGUUUUGGCUGUCGUACCCCCUCCUAAAAGUGUGGUGGCUGACAAUGCUCCAAAACCAUUUGUGGAACUCUCUUUACUUCAACGCCAAGCGGACUUCUCCCUUGUUCCAGAAAUCGAUUACUGCCGAGUUUUAGUACAAGAGUUUGCCGUACAGGUUGAUCUUGGUUUAUUGAACGCCGUCAUCUCACUUUUUGAAAAUCAAGUGAAUAAAAAGCCUUAUGGAAAGGAAAUGUUCGAACAAGACUUAGCUUUAACGGCCGUUCGUUUGGAAGAUACUGCCAAAGAGUAUAAAGCUCAAAAACCAAAGAGUUUCUAUGAUGAUCUACAUAUUUCUCCAUUAAUGAUUCAUUUAUCAUUUUCUCAAGGAGGAAACUCGAAUGAAAACGAUGCUAUCGGAAUACAGUCAGAAUUUGUUAACUUAUUCAUCAAGAGUGUAGGUGUCUCUCUUACAGAGCUACAGGACGUUGUGUUCAAGCUUGGUUUCUUCGAGCGACGUUGUCAUUUCUAUAACCAAGAACAACUAAGUGCGGAAAUAACAUCUCAUUAUACGAAGCAGUUCAUGAAACAGUUGUAUGUACUUGUUCUUGGUUUGGAUAUUAUUGGCAAUCCUUUCGGACUUGUCAGAGAUUUAUCCGCAGGAGUAGAAGAUUUGUUCUAUCAACCUUUCCAAGGGCUUAUUCAAGGGCCAGAAGAAUUCUUCCAAGGUGUUGGCUUUGGAUUACAAUCCAUGUUCGGGCAUACUGUUGGUGGCGCAGCUGGAGCAGUCGGUAGAAUUGCAGGAACAGUUGGUAAGGGUGUUGCAGCCCUCACAUUUGAUUCUGAAUAUCAGCGAAAACGACAGGAGGAUAUAAAUCGAAAACCCCAAUCAUUCGGAGAAGGAAUGGCACGUGGUGUCAAAGGUUUAGGCAUGGGUGUAGUCAAUGGCUUGACCGGAGUUGUCACCAAACCAUAUGAAGGUGCCCGAACAGAAGGUGCAAAGGGGUUGUUCAAAGGAGUUGGAAAGGGUCUCAUCGGUGUAGUCACUAGACCUGUGUCCGGUGUUGUGGAUUUCGCCUCUAGUUCUAUGGAUGCAGUCCGAACUGUGGCUGGAUCUCACAAGGAAUCAGAUAUUCUUCGACCACCAAGAGUUAUAAAGUCCGAUCAUAUCGUUCGACCGUAUAGCAAGGCGGAGGCAACAGGUUUCAAAGUGUUCAAGGACACUGAUAGAGGAAUAUUGGCGGAAACUGAUGAGUACAUAGAUUGUGCGCAAAUCAACAAAGCAAUUUUAUUGGUGACAAAUAACCGAUUGGUGCUAUCGAAAAGAACAGAUGUAAUGGGUACAUGGGUUACGGAUUGGUCCUUAGAAUACAACAAAAUGCACGAGCCUCAAACUAAGACGGAUGAGAAGGAUCCACAAAAACUUAAAAUUAUUAUAACUUCGAAGGUGAAAAAGUCAGGUUUUCUUGGCCUUGGUAAAAGAGAUGACGAUGGUAAAGAAAUUACGGUUAAAGAUGGCAAAGUGGUUCUCGAAAAAAUUGUUGAAGCUUAUAGAGCUGCGCUUUGUUGA